AUGCCGAACUCCUCGGCUCCUGCCGUCGUCGACGGCCGCCGCAGCAGCGCGUCGACCAUCGCCGCCGAUAUGGUGACCGGCUCGCACGAGCUCACCAUCAGCGGCUACUCCGGCACCAAGGGCAUCGGCAUCGGCACGUGCAUCAAGUCCUCAGCGUUCACCAUAGGAGGACACAGCUGGUGCAUCAUGUACUACCCAGACGGUGAACAGCAGGAGAGCGCCGAUUGGAUAUCCCUGUAUCUUGAACGGCUGGAUAAAGGCAAAGACGACGUCACGGCGCGAUUCAGAUUGAGCCUACUCGAUCAGGCCGGAGAGCCCGUGCCGUCAGUCGAUUACUUGAGCGAGCAACGCACGUUCACCAGCGCAACAAGGACAUUGGGCUACCGUAAGUUCGUCAGAAGGAACGGGUUGGAGUCAUCAUCUUUUCUCAAAGGCGACAGCUUCCGGAUCCGAUGCCAUCUCACCGUGGUUAAGAUCCGGGCGGAGACAGCCCGCGUGCAGUUCCAUGUCCCACCAUCCACGGACCUGCACCGGCAUUUCGGUGAUCUACUAGACAGCAAAGUGGGAGCUGAUGUGAAGUUCAAUGUUGGGAGGGAGACGUUCACGGCGCACCGGAACGUCCUCGCCGCUCGCUCGCCGGUCUUCAAGGCGCAGCUCUUCGGUUGGAUGAAGGAGAAGAAGGCGGCUCAGAUCCGGAUCGACGACAUCGAACCGAGGGUGUUCAGGGCCAUGCUCCACUUCAUAUACACCGACUCGCUGCCUGAGAUCGACGAGGGUGAUAUUAGGGUGAUGGCGCAGCAUCUUCUCGUUGCGGCGGACAGGUAUGGCUUGGAGAGAUUAAAGUUGGUCUGCGAGGACGUGUUGCGCAACUUCAUUGACACGAGCACCGUCGCCACUACUUUGGCGCUUGCUGAGCAGCACGGGUGCCAUGGGCUGAAAGAGGGGUGUUUCAAGUUCUUAGAGUCUCCGGGUAUUAUGAAGGCAGUCGUGGCCGCUGAUGGCUUUGAUCAUCUCAUGAGCAGCUGCCCCUCAGUUGUCAAGGAGCUGCUCGGCAAGGUUUUUCCUUGA